ACAGUCUAUGGUACAAACCAAACUGCGCAGUUCUGAUCCUCGUGAACAACCCCUGCAAUGAGGUGCGCUGUUUAUGUACGUCCGGGCUGAAACAGUAAUUCCAUGACAUCAUUCUCAGUUUAUUUAUUGAGGAAAAAUGGCUGAUAAGAAGAAGAAAGAUGAGACGUUUGAUGUCAUGGACCUUGCUGAAUAUGCCAAGAAACAGAGGUGGUGGAAUAGAGUCUUUGGCAAGAACAACUCGGGGCCAAUAGAAGAGAAGUAUACCGUUGCCACUCAGCUUGCUAUUGGAGGUGUGACUGGAUGGUGUGCUGGGUUUCUGUUUCAGAAAGUUGGGAAACUGGCAGCUUCUGCUGUGGGAGGAGGAUUUUUUUUGCUACAGAUUGCUAAUCACACAGGCUACAUACAAGUGGACUGGAAGAGAGUGGAGCGUGACGUGAACAAGGCCAAGAAGCAACUGAAGCUUAAUACAGAAAGGCCAACUAAGGAAGUCCGAACAAAAAUAGAUGAGGUGCAGACAUUUGUGAAGAAGAACAUCGUUCUCACAGGAGGCUUUGCAGGUGGUUUCCUGCUGGGCCUGGCUUCUUAGGAGCAUUCUUUUAUUUUACGUAAUAUCUUCAUGCCAAUGUGUUGUUAAAUCUUAAUACUAAGCAGAAACAUUGAUACAAUAGUGCAUCUCUAACUUGUGUGCUAUUUCACCUGUUAUGGUUUGGGCUUACUAUAUAUUUGGUCUGUGCAGCUAGUUGCAGUAGUGUUCUGUAUGUUACACGUUUUUCAAUUGACUCUUGUAUUUUUUCCUAUGCAUUGUAUUGUUUUGGUACACACUGCCUCUCAUUUUAUUAUUCAUUCAAAGAUGGCGGGUAAAGCGACCGUGCCCCUUAUGUGUUUUUAUUGAAUAAUUUUGGCUUUUUGUGACUAAAAAGUUUUAUGCUCAAGUUCACCCUAAUACCAAAGUGACUAUGUUCAACAACCAGAUAUCAAUUAGGUGAUCUAUUUUCAUAUGUUGAGAAAUGUUUUAUUCUUGAAUUGUAUUUAAUUGAAUAAGACAAUCAUGUUCUGUGCAUUGGCUGGCUAUUUGUACUAGAUUUAUGCUUAUGGAGUGCAAGUUUAGAUUCUGUGUGAGUACCCAGACAAGUAUAUAAUCACAAACAGCUCCAGUGUUAACCACCCCAAACGUGGAGUAAUCCUCCAAAUUAAAACACUUUUCAAAUUGUCAAUUGACAGUUCUGAACGGAUAUCUGAAGGAAAUGCACUGACAGAAAUGUUAAUCCAUUUGUUCUCCAUGCAACCUGUGGCCAAACAAAACCAUAUCAGGAAUGUGCGGUACUUGAAUUGUUUUAUUUAGCAAAUGAUACAUGGUAUAUCAUUCUAAUCAAAAUAAAUUCUGAAUGACAAUU